GGCGGGGCCAGGCGCCGGCAUCGGCUCCGGGGCGGGUGCUUCCCCACACGCGUCCUUCUGCGGCCGCCGCGCGGGAUCGGGGGUCUGCUCCUGGGAGUCCAUUCCCGUCCCCGGGGGUCCCACGUCCUGCCUUGGGGGUCCGAGUGCCGCCCCGGGGGUCCCACAUCCUUCCUGCGGGUCUGAGUGCUGCCCCGGGGGUCCCACAUCCUGCCUGCGGGUCGAGUGCUGCCCCGGGGGAUCCUGAACACCGUCUUGGGGGUCAGAGGGCUGCUGGGGGCGGGUCUCACAUCAUGCGUUGGGGGUCCGAGUGCUGCGGGGGGGUGUGUCCCACAUCUUGCCUUGCACGUCUGAGUGCUGCCUGGGGCUGGAGGGGGGGCUCCUGCCUUAGGGGUCCGAGUGCUGCCCUCAGAGAGUCCACUUCCUGCCUUGCAGGUUCGAGUACAGCCCCAGGGGUCCGGAACCCUGCUUUGAGGGUCCGAGUGCUCCCCCAGCGGUCCGCAUCCUACCUUGGGAGUCCAAGCUCAUCCCAGGGAUUCCCGAACUCUGCCUUGCAGGUCCCAAAUGCCCCCAGGGAUCCCAUAUACUGCUUUGGGGGUGUGAGUGCAGCUCUGGGGAUUCCAGGACACUUCCUGGGGGUCCUGAAGUCUGCUGUAGGAUCUGGAGCCUGGCCGGGGAGUGGGGGGCUCCUGAACAUUGCUUGGAGGUUCUGAAUGUAGCCUGGGGGGGUUGUGAAGUAUGUGUUGGUAAUCCAAGUAUGGCAUGUGGGGUUCAGGCACUGGGGUUUGAACCAGCCGUGGGGGUCCUAAACUCUGCCUUGGAGAUUCUGGUCCGGCUCCAGGGGUUCCAAAGUCUGCGUCAGUAGCCUGGAGUGUGGCCCAGGGGCUCCAGACCCUGCGCUGUGGGGGAGGGGGGCAAAGGGAGCAUCAGGAGUCCUGAACCCUGCUGUGGGAGUCCUGUCUCAUCCCUGGGGCUCUGGAACCUUGCCUUGGGGGGUCCUAGCCAGUCCUUAGGAGUCUGGAAGUUUGCAUGGCAUGUCUGAGUUUGGGCAUCCCCGGUGCUGCUUGGGGGUCUGAAUCCAGCCUGGGGGGGGGGUUCUGAAGUCUGUGCUGGUAGCCUGAGUGUGGCUGCAGGGGUCCCAGGACCUCCUUGGAGAUCACAGCCUGGCUGGUGAAUGUGGUGUGGAGUCCACUGGGUGCAGCAGGGAUUGGGGGGUGAGCUGGUUCCGAAGGAGCACCCCUCCUGUUCAGACUGUGAUCAGUUCUGUUCUCCAGGAAAAAUCCCAAACAGCAUGGUGUUGCAAGCUGUCACUAGGGGGUUCUUGUUUUCACAGAGCCACAGUUUUAAUUGAAAUAUUCCUAUUUAAGUGUGUGCAGAAAGCUGUGGCCUUUCUGAUGUUUAGAGAGAGGAUGUGACAGCUCCUCGUUCUGACACAUGCAGUGAGGGAAAUGCCAGAGGAUUACAGGGGGACGUAUCCCCGGGAAAGCAACUCAGUUGCUAUGUAGGGAUGGGUGUGGGGGAUGAAAAGCAGCGUUUGAUAUGGUGUUACGAGUGGGAUCCAUCCUAGGCGCAGCCCGAGCAAAUGUGACCAAGUUGAGCAGAAUUAAAUGGAGACGUCGAUGGUUUGUGUUAAAGUGGGCAAGCUCAGAUUGUCGUCCCAGUGUUGCCCGAGAAGCCCUGGACGGGCCAUUGUUCCUGGAUGCCAUUUCCUGGUGGGUGGAGUGAGAGACUGGAUUAAAACUUGCAGGGAUGAAUGCACAAGUGUGUGCGUUCUGGUCGGUGUAUAUCCUUCCGUGUUUGGCCCCCCCCACCGGCCCUCUGCUCCGUCACACGGCUCAAGACCACCAGGCACAGGGAAUGUGGAUGAGUGAGCCCAUGGAAAUACAACUGGGUCUGAUGUCCCCACGAGGGUGUCUUUGGAGGGCCUGGGUCUGAGAUCCUGGGGUGGCGCCUGUGUGCAGAGGGAGGCUGGAUGGAGCUCGCAUGGCCGCCCGCCGCGAAGCUGUUACGCCACCUGGCGUAGGAUGCGGGCAGGUCCCCUCAUGCAAGCCUUCCGUCCUCUCCAGAGGAGUGCAGUCUUACUUGGGGGGAGAAGAGAAGAGCUGCCGGAGCUCACGUUUCCAGGGCUGUGUCGGGCACCAGGCUCUCCGCGGGACACACACACCUCUCCCCGUUCUCCUCCGCUUGCUGUCCCGGCUGGAUCCCCAGCACUGCGCCCCGGAGCCUGCCUUCCCAGCGGUUUCUAGGGGCGGUUGGGGGAGGGACGCGGCGAGGAUUAACUAAGGCCAGAUAAUGAGUGGAAGGUCUCGACGAGAGGGGGUGAAAGCCGUGUCCGUGUGUGGCGGCCGUGGCCGGGACGGUGUGUCGAUGCAGGAAGGACCCUCAGGGGGCCGGGAUGCCAGUAGGAGUGGACCCCGACGGCGAGGCCGGCGUUCCUGCGGGAGGCUCAGGAAUCAGGCUGGCCAGUUCAUCUCCGUGGUGACCGUCUUUGAGGUGAUGGCCAGGAGGAGGAGCUCCAUACUGGCGCAGGGAGCACUCUCGGGGGGCCAGGAUGCCAGCGGGCCAGGCACCCGCCGGCGAGGGCGGCCGCCGCGGAAGCACCGCAAGAGGAAAGUGGCCAUCACCACGGAGGUGACCCUCUUUGAGAUGGUCGCCCUGGGGAAGAACUCCGUGCAGACGGCCGUCGAGGAGUGGGUGCAGUCUUACAAGGAGGACAGGGAGCUGGCCCUGCUGGACCUCAUCAGCUUCUUCGUCCAGUGCUGUGGCUGUGAAGGGAUGGUGACAGCCGAGCUCUACCAGAGCAACCAAGGCAAGAACGUGGUGCACAAAAUGACCGAGAAGUUUGACCAGGAGACCGGUCUUUACUACAAGAAGUUUCUGGCUUACCCCUGGAUCCUGACCAUCAUGUGGCCAGAGAAGCUGCAAAAUGACUUCUACCCCAUCGUGGGGCCGGGGCCCUUCUGGAAGAGGUUCAGGGUGAACUUCUGCGAGUUCACGGAGCUCCUGGUGCACCAGACGCACUCCUCGGUGCUGUGUGACGGACACCUCAUGGACACGGUGAUCUGCAUGCUCAGCGGCCUCACAAACUCGGCCGUGUACAGCCUGCGGCACACCAGCUCCCUGGCAGCCAUGAAGCUGCUGACGGCACUGGCCAGUGUGAACCAGGGCAUCUGUGCUGGCCGGCGCACGGCCCAGCGGUUGUACGAGAUCGAGAGCAUCACGAAGCUCAAGGGCAGACACAAGUACUACAUGGAGCUCCUGGACCAGCGCCGACACCAGGUGCGGGACAGCUGGGGUCACUGUGGGAGGGAGUGUGCAGGGGGUGAUCGGGACAGCUGUGGCCAUGUGCAGCGCCUGGUCCCCCAGGGCUUGUGA